CUCCAGAGAAACCCCGUCUCAGAAAAAAAAAAAAAAAAGUAGAUCCUUGGAACCAGUGGUGGAAAAGUUGUACUCUGUUCAUGAGCUAUGGCACUCUACCCGUACAUCAUAUACACGCAAUACUUGUUAAAUGGUAGGAUGGACUUACCCCCGUGUGUGUGGUGUGAGCUUAGGGGUUCCAUCCUCUGAUGACUUGUCUCACUAAGCACUGAGCAGCCAAACAAACACUUUCUGAGCCCCACCCCAAAUGGCCUGUGAGGUAGUUGCUAAAGGUUCUUGUUCCCCAAGGAUGAAAUUUGGUGAUCUGUCACCUUAAUCCUAAUAGUGGCUAAAUUGGGCUUAUAGUGUCAGCUACUUGGGAAGCUGACACAGGAUUACGUUAGACUAUCUCAUGACUUUUUUUUCUAAAAGAAGGUUUGGGGAUAUGUAGACCUUGGGUUUUUUGGUGGUUUGGUUGUUUGGCCUAGCAUGCAUGGAUCCUUAGGUUCUGUCCCCAGCAAAGAAUUUAGUGUGGCCAUCCUGGGAAGAAUGAGGCCAGUGUCCUAGGACCCUUCAAGAAACUAACAGGAAAGGACAGAGUUCCAAGUCCACAAUACCACAAGGGCUUAAUGUCCCAUCUGCUGUCACUGUGAGUGAUAAAACCCAAGACUCUUGGGUCUUGCCCUACCCCAAAACUACCUUCACAAGAGAGAUGUCAGGGCAGAGUUGCCGUGUCCCUGUGUGCUCCUGAUGAGUUCAGUGAUUAUUUCCCAUCCUUCUGUUUAGUUGCUGCUGGUAAUAUUUUUAAUUUAUGUGUAUGAAUGUUUUGCUUGCAUGUCUGUAUGUAGUAUGUAUGUGUGUGCAUGUGCACCAUUUGCAUUCUUGGUGCCACUCCUCUGAAACGAGUUACAGAUGUUAUGAGCCAUGAAUCAAACCUGGGUUCUCUGCAAGAGCAGCAAGCGCUCUAAACCGCUGAGCCACCUCUUGCAAUACUUUUAUGUAGUCUUUUUGGCUGUCUAUUAGAAGGGUUCCUGAUUUGCACAGUCUGACAUAUCUAUAGUAGCAGAAAUGUUUCACAUGUGAAGAGCAAAACCCUUCUAUCCUGAGAUCUUUGGACUACUACAACAGUGACUUCAACUCUAAUGAAACAGGAAAUAUGGACUGCUUCCUAACAACAGUCUCCUCCAUGCUUCUCUAUGCCAACACCAUCUGGACCCACUCUGGGGAAGAGGUGGAAAGUGAAGGAAGCAUUGGACGUGCUCACUCUCCUAAAAAUAAGCUGGGGCCAUCAGGAUAACCAGCAUAGGGGCAGAGCUGCCCACAUCACAUCUGUUUGGGAGGGGCUCUCCAUCCCUGGAGGUGUUGGAAUAAACAACAGAUAUUAAGGCAGAAUAUAGCAACUGAGGUCUAGAUGAGCUGUUUCUGGAUCCCACCUGCUCAGAUUCCAUGCAUCUGUUUGAAUCACUAAAAGAUGGGUUUGUAAUUGAGAAACCAUGUGUUCUAAUAGAUUUACCACUUUAAGACUUAACCAUCUUGGAAUCUUAAAUAAGAAGAGUCUGAAUAGAGAUAAAAGAAAAAGGAGUGAUUGUUGUGCGCUGGUGUGUAUAAAGAGGCUUUUAUGAUUCUGGCAAUCCAUCUUUUUUCUGACUAAUCUUGUCCCUGAGAACACAAAAUGUGAUUAAAACCUUUGAGGUCAGACAGAACACAUGUAAACAAUACCUAAAAUCUGCAUAAAUUUAAACUUGAUCACAGCGAUUGGGAGAACUUACCAUUUAACUAUUUUUCAUCUGGACUAGGAAUCUUUAGAUUUGGCUGAUGGCUACCACCUAAGAGCCAAAUAGACCUGUUUCCUUUUCUGAGAAAUAUGGGGAAAAAUUAAAAUCCAGAAUGUAAGGGAAGUGGUGCACUGAAGAAAACAAUUAGAAGACAUUAAUUAGUACCCACUCUACUAGGAACUGGUUCAUUCUAGAGCACAGGGUCUCUUAAACCCUUGAAUUAUCAACUCUCUGUGUUGUUACAGCCGUGGUGCCAGAAUAAGAACCAAUAAAAAAGUAGAGGUCUGGUAGAGACAUGUGAGUUAGGGAAAGGAAUGCACAAGAGGAGCCAGUGACCUGCUCAGAUCAACACAACAGGAAACAUUGUCGAACCUUAGAGCAUGGCAUGACACCGUCUUCCAUUGUUGAAUGGAAGCGCAGGAGGUACACAUCAUCAGCCAGCGGCAGUGGGUCACCCAAAGGCUGAAAUGGCUGGGGUCCUUCAUGCCAGGCCAGACCCCGCGUGGUGCCAGGUUUCCUUGUUCUGGCUGUGCGUGCUCUUCACCCAUCCUAGGAGAGUUUGCCAAAACUCCUGAAAUCCCCUUCUCCAAAGAUGGGACCCGGGUGUGUGCGGGGAUGCACCUUGCCUGAUGUAGACCACUCAGCUGGAGGUCCAUCAGGCUGGCUGCUGCUCUCGGCUCUGUGAUUCCCAGAAUACUGUAAGAAUCUCCACCCAAUUCUCCCGAGAAGCUAGCGGGUUUCGUGGGGAAGAGGCAAUUAAGCCUGUAUCCCCAGGACUCCGACAGAAAGCAAAGGGGCAACCUGGGUCCACUGCCGCUCAAACCUGGCGGCUAAGGAGCUCUGCGCGCACUCUGCAGGGAACGGGCCCGCCCCCCCGUGUGCGCAGGCGCGCGCCGCACCAGAUUCCCACGGUCACUUGGCGCGCGCUGCACCCGCUAGCCUUGCAGGUAAGCACGGGUCUCUGGGCUCGGACUGGGUGCUCUGGGGACGUCACACCCCAGUCCCGGACGGCAUGGCGAGAGCUAGUGUCCUGCGGGCCCCGCCCCAGGUCCUUUCCCAGCUCCUACCACACCGACCGCGGACUGGGGAGGUGGCUCUGCAGAACCAGGGCUGGGCGCUGCUUGUGGGCGCUGCGGGAUGCCGGGCGAGCAGCCGAGCCCACCGGCACUGCUAUCUACAUCCAGAGCCGCGGCGAGGGCAGACGCUCGGCCUUGCGAAGAGAUGCAAAUCAAUUAAGAGUUUCCAUUAAUGAGAGGGUGUGUGGAGGGCGAGUUUGAGGUUUCCACAGGCCAUUUUAGCAAACUUUCCGCUGUCAAUGAUUUUCAAUAUUUUUAACAAAAAACAGGGUUUUUAAAAUAUUGGCUAUAAAGGGGGGGGGACUAACGAAUUCCGCCAUUUUGGCGUUUAAAAAAAGUAACCCUUCAGCAGAGCGAGCGGAUGGAUCAGUGACCGCCCCGCCCGCGACUGUCUGCAUUAGUCUAGAGAGGCGGGUGGCGUCUUUGGACACUCCAACAGCACAUUCCACCCGCUAGAGUCUAGGUUGCAGCUUCGGCGAGGGCGAGCUGGGACCGCCUCCCCCCGCCAAGUUUUCUGUGUGCCUCCAGCACUAUCUCCCCUGUCUCCAACACCUACCAGUGGGGCGUUUAUUGGAUGUCUGCUGUAUACGAGGCCUCGAAAGGCUCUGGGUGGAAUGUGUGUGGAAAGCUUGACAGACAGCAAGAGACAGCAGCACAAACACGUUCGAAAAAUUGUUUAUUGAACUACUCUCAUUUUAAGUAGGAUUCCCUGGAAACAGAUUUAAGUGUAGGUUUAUGAGAGUAGCCUUGUGAAGCCAGCAAGAUGGAACAGAGACGGUGAAAUGGUGAUGUAGUCUCAACAGAGGCCCCAGCCUGUGGAGCAGGAAGCCCUAAACCUGAGCUGGCCCUGUAGACGCCUGGAAUGAAGGUAAAGGGGUGGGACUUUGACAGCCCUCUAUCAACGGAGAGAACAUUUGAGCGAGAGUUCCCCUGGCUAAUUCCGCGGAACCUGAGGCUGAUGGCUGACAAUUGUCUCCACUAGCCUCCAGAAGGGGGUCUCAUCUGACUCCCCUCCCGUCUCACUGCAGGCGUUCUCACACUGGCACUGGAUCUCCUUUGCCCCCCCAACCUGUAAUUGUUAUGGUGCUCCAAGGCUCCACUCUUUCCUCUGAAGCCCCUUCUAUAUCUUAAAUACUAUCUGUAGUCAAUAACUUCCGAAUAUCUCCAGUUCCAACCUCAUCCUUUAAAAGAUAAGCCUCAUGAGAGUCCUUUGUCUUGGUAGCACCUAUGUCCCCAGAGCAUAGAACAGUGCUGGCACUUCGUUGGUUCUCCAGGACUUGCUGAGAGCAGACGUCAAGCCCCCAUCAGAAAGGUCAUCUUCAGCUACUUCUCUGUGACACCUGCCACACGACUCUUUGAAUAAGCAGCCACUCUAAGACCCAGGUUCAGUUCCCAGCACCCACACUGUGUCUGACAACCAUCUGGAACUCCAGUUUCAGGAGGAUCAAAAGCCCUCUUCUGGCCUCAGCAGGUACUGCAUGCACAUGGUGCUCAGGCAUCCAUUCCAGCAAAAGCAACUGUACACAUAAAAUAAAAGUAAAUAUUUCUAAGUAGUAUAAACACAAGCUGUGAAAAGCAAAAUAAAUUGGAAUUGAAAUUUGGAGAUUCUGGAUUUUUAUAAACUCAAAUUUUAAAAACUCAUCUUGUUUGGUUUGAAUGCUUUAAUUAAUCAGGUCACAUAUCUGACCUUAUCUACUUACCUGUUUAUACCGUAGCUUUAUACUUAUAAUGAUAGACAACUGUAAUAUAUUCCAUUUUAGAGAGGAGACACUUGGAAAUAAAUGAACACAGGAACAGCAAGAAAGAGAGGGAGGGUGGGCACAAGACCACACCCAUUGCAACCUGAUUUUACAAGUAGGCAGUGUCCAUGGUAUUGGCUAGAAGCUGUCAAACUCCCUGGCGUUUCUGUCUAAAGGGAGAGGAUUGCUAUUUGUUGAAGCCCUGCUGGUAUCGAUACUUCACAGCCAACAUUCACCAAAGCCCCUUCAGACUCAUGCGGAUGGAGGGGCUCCCGGAAAUGGAGAUACUAAGGACACCGAAGGGGUCUUCGUCAGGGGAGGUCAGUGUGCACCUGCUGGCCAGAGACAGCAUAGGCUUACGUCCUCACCUACCUGCAACUGCCUUUAUUAUUCCUACCAAUGCCGCCACCCUUGGUCUGCCCAGCACUGGCCUGGAUGUGCCCUAUCCCCGGGAGCAAGUCCAUGUGGGCGCCCUGGAGCGGGUGACGAGCAGCGAACCAAUUUCUACCACCAUUGUGCCACAGCUAAGCACGGGGCCAGGGACCAAUAGCACAGUCAGGCUUCUGGAUUGGACAGGGGUUCCCACACCUUCAACUGGGAGUGGCCUACGGUUUCGGAUAAGCGAGUACAUGCCCCUGAAUAUGAUGGGAGUAGAGCGACCACCAAGCCCGGAACGGCAGCGAGAAGUCCUGGUUGGACAUGAAGGUGGCCCUAUCGGAGGCAGUAUGGGCACCCAGAACCCCGAUGUCCACCGGAACCCUCAAGAAGUCACCUCUCAGGAACCCCCAGAAGACACGAGCUCUAGAGAGUGCCAGACUUUUGGGCCUCAACAAGGCACUGCACCAGACCUUGGUUCUUCGGGAGACCACUGCCCUCCACCUUUCCAGAAGCGAUCAGUCAUAGUAAAGAAUUCAGCCUGUACCAUCGCUUCUGAGCUCCUAAAACCCAUGAAGAAGAGGAAACAUAAGGAGUACCAGAGUCCAUCAGAGGAAUCAGAGUCAGAAGCCAUGAAGCAAGAAGAAGGAAAAGAUGCAGAAAGACAGCCCACCACCAGCACGCCAGAGAGUGAAGAGUGCAGAAGCCAGUUGGGGUCUGGUGAGAAGAAGGAAGGCUGGUCCUGGGAGUCCUACCUGGAGGAGCAGAAGGCUGUCACUGCCCCAGUCAGCCUCUUCCAGGAUUCUCAGGCAGUCGCCCACAACAAGAAUGGCUUCAAACUGGGCAUGAAGCUGGAAGGCAUUGACCCUCAACACCCAUCCAUGUACUUCAUCCUCACUGUGGCUGAGGUGUGUGGCUACCGCCUGCGCCUGCACUUUGAUGGGUAUUCUGAGUGCCGUGACUUCUGGGUCAAUGCCAACUCCCCUGACAUUCAUCCUGCUGGUUGGUUUGAGAAGACUGGACAUAAACUGCAGCCUCCCAAAGGUUACGAGGAGGAAGAGUUCAGCUGGAGCCAGUACCUGUGCAGCACGAGAGCCCAGGCAGCCCCCAAGCACCUGUUUGUGAGCCAGAGUCACAGUUCUCCUCCAGUGGGCUUCGAGGUGGGCAUGAAGCUGGAGGCUGUGGACCGAAUGAACCCAUCCCUCGUCUGUGUGGCCAGCGUGACUGAUGUGGUGGACAGUCGCUUCCUGGUGCACUUUGACAACUGGGAUGACACUUAUGACUACUGGUGUGAUCCCAGCAGUCCCUACAUCCACCCGGUAGGCUGGUGCCAGAAGCAAGGAAAGCCCCUCACCCCUCCACAAGACUAUCCAGACCCUGAUAGCUUCUGCUGGGAGAAAUAUCUAGAAGAAACCAGGACCUCAGCUGUGCCCACUUGGGCCUUCAAAGUGAGACCCCCUCACAGCUUCCUGGUCAACAUGAAGCUGGAGGCUGUAGAUCGACGGAACCCAGCGCUGAUUCGGGUAGCCAGUGUGGAGGAUGUGGAGGACCAUCGGAUAAAGCUCCACUUUGAUGGCUGGAGUCACAGCUGUGACUUCUGGAUUGAUGCCGACCACCCAGACAUCCACCCUGCAGGCUGGUGCUCCAAGACAGGACAUCCCCUGGAGCCUCCUCUCCGGCCCAGAGAGUCCAGCUAUGCCUCACCUGGGGGCUGCCUUCCUCUCAACCACAGGAGCCCACCCCACACAAAGCCCUCCAAACACAACUUACACCAGCGGAAGUGCCCCACUCCUGGCUGUGAUGGUUCCGGUCAUGUCACAGGCAAGUUCACAGCUCAUCACUGCCUCUCUGGCUGCCCGCUGGCGGAGAGGAACCAGAGCCGGCUGAAGGCAGACCUGUCUGACUCAGAGACAGCAGCCAAGAAGAAGAACCUGUCUAAUUUAUCCCCAAGGAAGAAGCCCCGCCAUCAUGGCCGGAUUGGACGCCCUCCAAAGUCUCGCAAGAUUCCGCAGGAAGAUUUCCAAGCCCUCCCUCCCAGUGUGGUACACCAGUCCCUCUUCGUGUCAACCCACCCCGACCGCUCUUUCUCUAUGGGCUGGGAGCAGCACUGCAAGCUCCUGCCAGGAGUGGCGGGCAUCUCAGCCUCCAUGGUCUCCAAGUGGACCAUCGAAGAGGUCUUUGGCUUCGUUCAGACCUUGACGGGCUCUGAGGACCAAGCGCGCCUCUUCAAAGACGAGAUGAUUGACGGCGAGGCCUUGCUUUUGCUGACACAGGCGGACAUUGUGAAGAUCAUGAAUGUCAAGCUGGGCCCAGCCUUGAAGAUCUAUAACGCCAUUCUCAUGUUCAAAAACACUGACGACACCUUUAAGUGAUUGGCCAGGUGGACCCUCCUCCCACCCGUGCCGGGCUCCUCCUCCGAUGGUGCUCCUUUCCUGCACCCUUGUCCUCAUGAUCUGACUAGGGCUGGCCCUUCCUAGAAGGUGGAUGGGAGCAGAGGAGCCUGGGCAAGGGAGUCUUGGUCCUCAGUCCUGGACUCCAUUUGUCUCCAGUUUGCCCCGGUGAGGGUGUGACUGAACUGAGGCCAGACUGAUAGAAAGACUGCAGGUAUCCUGGCUAGGGUAGCCUACAUCUUCAGCUACCUUGGUUACUGUCUUAGGAGUUAGGAGGAGCUGGUCCAGUUGGCACCCUCUACUCAGACACGAGUCAUUUUUGGCAUCUAUGUGCUUUCUUCUCCCUGGCCCCUCCCCUCCCGCUAAGAAAUGGCCAUGACUUUGGCAUACAUAUUUACACGUAAAAGGUGCCUCCUCCAUUUUUACUGUUGGCUGUGUACCCUUCCUCUGCUGCCCGGUCCAGCCAGACCCCAUGGCUCAUCUCCUGUAGAUGUGUAAGUCUCGGAAAUACGGGAGUUUCCCAUUGGGAGCCUGUGGCUGUUUUUUCCCCUGGCCUCUAGGUGGAGAUCCAGAGCCAAGGCACCUUCCCAAACAUGUUCAGUUGAGGACCACUCAGCAUUGGAGUGGCCAGGUCCGGGGCUUAGUUCCAGCAGAGUGAGCAGAUGGUUAGAGCCCAGGUUAAAAUAAAUGGAGCCCAUUCCCUGAUGCCACCUACACACCAGCAGAUGCAAUCUGCUGGGCAUGGGGAAGAUGCAGGCUGGACUGAUAGGCAGUGCAGGUUAGGAUGUCAGACACAUUGGAGUCCUUGGCCUGAAGGGUAGCUCCAGAGAGCAUCCUCUCUGUUUCUGUGGUUCUCGGGCAAGAUAUUACACAAGUGAGAGGCCCCCGCUGGCCUAGCCUCCUGCCGGGAGAGGGUAGCCCUGUCUAGCACACAACCCCUGUGACAUCACAUUCACUGUGUCCCUUAAACAUUUCUCAUUUUGCUCUUGAGUCUAAGAAAGGCCACUUACAGUACAGAGUUGGGAAGUUCCCUCUCAAGUCCUUGAACUCUCUGGUCCCGUAAGCCCUUUCAACUGUCUCUCACUGCCAGCUGGCUCCUUGCUGGGGCAAGUGGAGGUUCAGUUUCCACUUAACUACUGCCAAACUCACCCCAAGCCUAUGUGGGGAGCACCAGAGCCCAGCAGAAGCCACCCCGCCCAUAAGUGGAAGUCAGUGCCAAGCUUCAUCUGGUGCUGAGAUAGCCUGCAGGCUGAAGAGCAGGGUCGUCCCCCAGUCCAGUACACUUGUAAGCUCUGUGGUGUGUGUGUGUGUGUGUGUGUGUGUGUGUGUGUGUGUGUGUGUGUGUACGUAAGUGUUGGUCACUCAACAGAUUCUAUCAGGCGCCGGUGUGAGGUGUGAUGUUGGAAAUACUAAGGGCUAUUGUUAAACUAUGAAGUUUAUUAUUUCCUCAGAAGUGAGAAACCAAAAGUUCUGUUGAUUUCCUAUUUCAUCCCUUUGGGGACCUCCCCUCCCUAGGCCAGACAGCUUCUGGGGGACAGCCGUUUGACACCCUGAGGAAAGAGCCUCAGAUUGCCUUUCCCUUUCAGCCCUCAAGGGCAACUCUGAGUACAGCCUUUCUGGGAGGGCAUUGGGCAAGACCCGCCAAGGGGGAGGGAGGGCUAGGUUAAUAGGUAGGACAUCACUGUCCCCUUGCUGGGAGUAAGGAGGAGCCCGCCUCUGCUCUCUCAGCUGUCCAGGUUGCUGUGGAACCUGCCACCUUGUCUUUAGCCUACCCGUCCCUCACUGACUGGUCUGUCUGAGAAGUCAAGAAGUUCCGUGUUCUUGACUGGUGUUGUGAGACCACACAGCUCCCACGGAGAGCGACAGCAGCCGUUGACAUGUGGCUCUGCCAGUAUGGAAAAGGCCAGAUGGACAAACUGGCUGGAGAAGAGGGUUCGCAGGCCUCCCAACCUCCGAGACCUCAGAAGCUCUGCACUCACAUUAGACUCUGGAAAGAAACUGAAUCACAAAAAAAAAGUCAAAAGAAAUCUGCCUUCUGACCAUUCCACCACCCAUUGGGUCCCCUGAUGAGAGCAUUGCACCUUGACCUGGGAGAACAGGAGGAGAGGGAGUGGGUGGCUGUUUCUGGCACCCUGUACUCUGGUCUCUAGCAACCCGAGCCACUUACACGUUGUUCCCGGCAGGCUUGUCCAGCCUCUGCCCAGCCCUGGCCUAGGACAGGGAUGAACUUUCUGCUUAAUUCCUAAGGCAGACAGAACAGUUACAGAGUUUGAAAACAAGGCCUGUUUCCACUUUCAUUCACACGUACUACGAUGGGGUUACAUUUUUGUUCUUGUUCUGUGUGUGUGUGUGUGUGUGUGUGUGUGUGUGUGUGUGUGUGUGUGUAUGGGUGUGUGUGUGUGUGGUGUAUGAGUGUGUUCUCUUAAAUAUUCUUAAAGAAAAUACUCUGGUUUAAACUAAAGUGACUCUUGAGGGAGGAAACAUUACAAAGAAAAUACAGUAUGAUUUGUCUGUGUAUUGUAACAACAUUAAAUAAAUUCACAUCCUUGAACAGUC